CCCUGACAAACGUCAUCACGUUGACUGUCAAAAUACGGAAGUGUGUAGCUGGACAUGAGUGUUGUGCCGUGUGUUGUGUGUUCCCCUUGUGUUGGAUGUGCCUGACUCUGCAAUGUCAGUUAAGCCCGAAGAGGAGCUGAAGAAGGAAUGGGAAAGAGAGCAGGCCGAGCUGAAGGAGAUGCUCCAGGUGGGGGACACUGAGGACUGGCAGAGGAGCCCCGGCUUCGCUGGGCUGGAGCGUGUCGGAGGAGUGGACCUGUCCUUCAUCAAAGGGGACGAUGUUAACGCCUGCGCACAGCUGGUCGUCCUCAGCUACCCAGACAUGAAGCUGCUCUACCAGGACAGUCAGAUGGUGGCCCUGGAUGCUCCGUACGUGGCCGGCUUCCUGGCCUUCCGGGAGACGCCCUCGCUGCUCCAGGCCCUGAGGAGGCUGGAGGAGACCCAGCCCACUCUGAUGCCACAGGUGGUGUUUGUUGAUGGCAAUGGGCUCUUCCAUUACAGAGAGUUUGGCCUGGCCUGUCACCUGGGGGUGCUCUCAGACCUGCCCUGUGUCGGAGUGGCCAAAAACCUGCUGCAGGUCCAGGGGGUGGUCCGGGACGAGGAACACCUUUCUCAGAUCAAUGUGCUGCAGAAAGGAGGAGACACCUUCUCCCUGACCUCAGAAUCAGGACGAGUGCUGGGGAAGGCCCUGCGCAGCUCCGACUCGAGCACCAAACCCGUGUAUGUGUCGGUGGGCCAUCGCAUCAGUCUAGACACGGCCGUGCGUCUCACCCAUGCCUGCUGCCGUUACCGCGUGCCAGAGCCCAUCAGACAGGCUGACAUGCUCUCUAGAGAGUACCUGCGCAAACACUUCCCCUCUGCAGGCUCACAGACGCAGGAUGGAGGACAACGGUGACCUUGGGGAGGAAUCAGCCAGCGAGAUCGUCCACAGCAACACUGGGCCCAGCGGAGCAGUCUCUACACCAUGCCCCCGGUGACGGAGUGCGUGUGUGUGUCCUUGUGUGUGUGUACAUGUACUGUUUUUUCACCACCCCUGCAUUCAUCUGAACAGACUUGUAUUGAUUUUUUUAAUAUAAAUGUGUGGUGCAGAAUUUAUUAAAAACAGAUUUUAGAGUGAAAUUUA